AUGGCCCAAGUCGAAACCAUUCCCCCUCCGUCUGCGGACUGGAAGGGCGACAGCGAUGCAACCCCCAACUUCCGAGCCUUGGGGAAGCUCUCACCACCUGUGAUGCGCAAGAUCGAACCAUUCGGUGCUCAGUUUCUUGCCUAUGCCCGCCGCAAGCGCCACGGCCGUACUUUCUCUGAAGAUGACCGCAUCCAGGCUUUGUCCAAGGUCAAGAAGUCGGAAGACGAGGAUGAUGGCGAGAUCAGCGAGCCUGAGGACCCUAUGAUGCUCGCUCGAGAUGCCAAAGACUGGAAGGGACAAGAUCAUUAUGCAGUCCUCGGUCUCUCGAAAUACCGGUACAAAGCGACCGAAGAGCAGAUCAAACGAGCAUACCGAAAGAAGGUGCUCAAGCACCACCCGGACAAGAAGGCAGCCGCCGGCCAAGAUGACGAGAACGACUCUUUCUUCAAGUGUAUCCAGCGUGCCAACGAGAUUCUUAUGGACCCGGUCAAGCGCCGCCAAUUCGACUCCGUCGACGAGGCUGCGGAUGUUCCACCUCCGUCAAAGAAAGAGAUGCAGAAGCCCAGUGCCUUCUACAAGAAAUGGAACGCCGUGUUUGAGAGCGAGGCCCGUUUCAGCAAGCGGACACCGGUACCAAAGCUAGGCGACGAGAACAGCACGAAAGAGGAGGUCGAGCAGUUCUACGACUUCUGGUACAACUUCGACUCCUGGCGUACGUUUGAAUACCUCGACGAGGAUGUUCCGGAUGACAAUGAAGGUCGUGACCACAAGCGCCACAUUGAGAAGAAGAACGCCAAUGCGCGCCGCAAGCGCAAGAGCGAGGAUAUCGCCCGACUGCGGAAAUUGGUGGACGAUUGCUUGAGCUACGACGAACGAAUCAAGAAGUUCCGCCAACAGGCCAAUGCCGACAAGAACAAACGUCGACUGGAGAAAGAGGCCGCUGCGAAGCGUGAGGCCGAGGAGAAGGCCAAGGCUCAGGAGGAAGCUGAGCGGAAGAAGAAGGAGGAUGAGGAGAAGGCGAAGGCCGAGAAGGAGCAGAGCAAGAAAGCCAAAGAGGCUGCGAAGAACGCCGUCAAGAAGAACAAGCGAGUCGUCAAAGGCAGCGUCAAAGAUGUCAACUACUUUGCCGAAGGUGGCGAUGCCAGUCCCAGACAAAUUGACGAUGUGCUUAAUGAUGUUGACAAGCUUCUCGGCAGUGUUGAUGCUGACCAGUUGGCGGAUCUGGUGUCGAAGCUUAACGUCGCUGGCAAAGAUGCUGGAAAGGUCAAGGAGGUCUUCAGCGAGGCCACUGGCGGACUGGUCGGUGCCGGUAAGCUGAAGGAGAGCGACUUGAAGAUUCUGAAAUGA